ACAGAACUACAGUAUUCGCCGUGCGGCCUUUCAUUCUCUCGAGAUCCCCGUUCCUUCCUAACGCACCACUUAGCCACGAAGGCUAGCUAUUUGCUAAUCAAAUUGAUCCAAUAAGGAACAUGACAUAGGCGAAGAAACAUGUCCACGAACCAAACUCCCCCACAUAUUCCAAAACCGACAUCGACAGAGGGCACGUCCUCGCCAGAUCUCAACGAUAUUCUGGUUGUCGAGCCUCAAGCCCGUCCAGACUGCCCGCCUGAUCCUACUGUGCUUCAACGGGAAUGCGCAGUUCUCAAUACCACUCAAUUCCAGAACGGGUUGUAUCGACCCAAGAUCGACGAAGAAACCAACUGUUGUGCCCAAUUUUGUUGUUGUUGUUUCGGGGGCAAAUGCCAAGACCGAUCGGGCCUCUCCAGAAAACGGGACUCGGAUUGUGGAGUCUUGGUCAUCGUGAUAGGAUUGGCCAUCUUCAGCUUGGCUUACUACUUCUCCCGGACGAACGUGUACUCCAUCGUUCAACGCCAUUAUCCACCGUGGACAUACCAAUGUUUGAGCCCAAAAGGAGUAUGCCAACGUGUGCGAGUUGACGAGCACACCAAAGACUUCAUUGGUUGGAAUCAAUGUCGUAUGACUUGUGGAGUGGAGGAAAGAGUUCCCUUCAUUUUCUGGCCACGCCCCAAUGGGCCAACUGUCUUAUCGAACACAACCUUCAACUUUCUACCCGGAGAUGUCAAGCUGAUCAUUGAUGCACAUGAGCCAGCCGCUACCAAAAUGCAGGAUUGGAGAUCGUGGAUCAAAAACGAGCUGUACUACAAGCAUCCCAAUUAUGAUUGGACUCAUCUGAGCCCAUUUGUUGGCAUGAAAAGUGAAACGGCUAUUUCGGUGCAACUCAAGGUGAUGAACACAUCGAGUGAGGCUGUGGAUGAAUCCUAUGAAAUCGUGUUGGGCGAAAAUCAUAGAGUUCGUCAAGACAAUGCCUACUACAUGGAAAUUCGAGCUCAGUCCAUUUAUGCCGCUAAACAAGCGUUGGAAACUUUUAUUCAAAUGAUUAGUUUCGACGAGAUCACGGAGACCUUGCAAGUCUAUACCUCGGCCAAAAUUAAAGAUGAACCCAAAUUCGCUUGGAGAGGAUUGAAACUGGACAGUUCAACCACAUUCUUCCAUGUCCAAUCAAUAGAAAAUAUCUUAGAUGGGAUGAGUACUAUGAAAAUGAAUUUUCUACAUUGGAAAAUUUUGGGCUCAAAGAGCUUUCCUUUCCGAGCUCAGGAAAUCCAAGAACUCGCCGAACUAGGCACAAAGAACAUCAGAAACGCUUAUUCAGUAGAACAAGUGGCCCACGUGGUUCAGUACGGAUUGAUGAAGGGCAUCCGAGUCAUUCCGGAAUUAGAUGUGUUGGACUUGCAAGCUGGCUUCGAAUUCCAAGACAAUUGCUUGGAAACUUGUCCCGAUUCUUGUCUAUCUCUCCCCUGUGUUCAGCUAAACUUCACCUCCCAAAAAAACUGGGACGUCCUCAAAAUUGUUGUUCAGCAAUUUUCUCGAGCUUUUGAUAUUUCGUGGUUCCACUUUGGCAAGGUCAAGCCUUCGCUCAAUUGUCCCAUAUCCCAAGGGAUUCUUAAAACAUACGAGAGCGUGGCAUCUCAAACACAAAACAUGAUGGCAAUGGUCAAUGACGAUACCUCAUCGAACUUUUUAGUCCAGAUCUCUCACCCUAACGCAAUGGGGUCCUUAAUGAAAACUUACAGUCCCCAAAACACGGUGGUGGUGGUGGCCGAAACAUCAUCACAGGGUGACCUACUCCACAAAGUGACGUCGCGAGGAUUUCAAGCGAUACAAGUAAUUCCAUUGGAGUCUCAUGACGAAAACCCUUGUGGUGCUCAAAUUCAACCCAAUGCAACUAUCCUUAGAGUUUGGAGGGAUCAAUUCAAUCUGGAAGGGGAAGCGCGCUUUACCGACCUUCUCAACACCAGAGACUACAAAUCGAAGAUAGUCGGAAUUGAGAUCUCGUUGGAUUCUCCAGCUAUCGAUGAGUACAACAUACAUAGCCGAUUGUGGCUCAAGGCUUGCGUCAUGGCAGAUUAUUUAUGGUCUGGGAUCAUCGAACCCGAAGAUGACCUUGCAUUCCGGGAAAGGCUCUCUGUCCAAAGAAAGCGCUUAACACAACGAGGUUUACCCGUGGACACAAUUCCGUCUGAUUAAAAAGCUCUUCAGGGCAAUUGUUGAUGGUUGUUGGGUCACGAAUCUAUUUCAAAAAUCAGUUUCUCAAGAUCCCAUGAGAUAUGUGAUCCAGAGGAGAGUCAUCAAUUGUUUGUCAAGUAUCCUAUUGGAAUAUGUGGAGUCUGAACACCUGGACAUGGGGUGGACAAAGUAAAUGAGCAUAGUUGGUUG